CCCGACUAUCAUGGUAGGCAUCCUCGAGUCGUUCGACACCAUGAACGUGUCACCAUCCAGCCCCGAUCCCGCGGUCUCUGCCCGUCCGACCGUAAACCAUGAACGUUUCUCUGAUAUGGACACCAGGAGCGUGAAGUUUAAGUUGGACGAUGGGACGAUGUACAACGUUCUCCGCCACUUCUUCGAGCAAUCGGCCUCUUUUGUGGAGGAGUAUCUGUCGGCUGGCGAUGUUGACGUCGUCGAACUGAAGGGCGUAUCGCGGGCCGAUUUCGAUCGGUUCCUUUCUUAUAUGUUUCCCUCGUCUCUCGGGAAGUGCGACAUCACCACGUCCGAAGAAUGGCUCUCCAUCCUGCGUCUCGCCGACAAAUGGAGGUUCACCGACCUGCGCGCCCAUGCCCUCGGGAUGCUCAAAUCCACCGCUUCCCCCAUCGACCGCAUCCUCAUCGCCCGCGAGUUCGACGUGCCCGAUUGGCUCCUCCCCGCCUUCAUCGAUAUCUGCAUGGCGCCGGAUCCACCAUCUGAGGCGGAGGCGGAGCAGCUCGGACUUUCUGCGCUCGUAAAGAUCGGACGCGUUAGGGAGCAGUACGUGCGCAUCGGAGGAGGGCUGCACCCCGAGCAUGAUCUUGUAAUCAUACGGCAGACCGUCAUUGAUGAGGGGUUGGUUUCGAAGCCCAUCAAGCCGAAGAAGGACCCACGUCAGCAACCGCUCCGCAGCGCGAUGAAAGCGCCUGGAAGGAGACUGGGUGGAUUGGGCUCAAUCGGCGGCGGUACACAGCUGCCAUACGAGGAUUCGAGUGUGUCUUCGACCGAGAGCUCUAGCGAUGAGUCCGAGCAGGACUUCCGCCCGCGAUGGGGCAAUGGAACGAAGGCCUCUCUUGAUGGUCUUGGAAGUGUAAAGGUCUCCAAGGCCAUGCGCGACGACGAUGAUAUGCUCCCUCCAAUCCCCUUCGCCCCUCUCUCUGAGUCGGUUCAAGCUCUUGCGGCGUCGCGAUGGACGCACCGGCCCGGUCCUAAGGAAGGAGGAUACUACGAAAUCAUACACGAAUCAACAUGCUAGCGCCGGUGCUGCAGUGUGCGGACAGAGGAAGCCUGUGACUGUUGGUAUAUACUUAUAAACAACUUGUACAUGGUCGAAAUCUCAAUUCUUCUUCGGCAGAAA